AUGGCGGGUUCUACCAUUGACGCUGCCAAAACGAGUAGCAAGAGCCGGGAGUUGAUGUCGGUGAUGUGGUCAAUGACUACUCUUGCCACAUUGCUCGUGGUUACUCGUUUAUGCGUUCGGCAGAGAAUGUUACGCAACUUUGGGUUUGACGACUGGUUGAUCGGAGCAUCCAUGAUCUUCGAUUUGAUUUCUGUUGUGACAGCGACAAUCUCUGUGGCGUAUGGAUUUGGACAACAUACGGCCAGUCUUGAGACACAGGCCGUGGAGAAAGCCCUCCUGUGGACCAUGAUCUCAUUCAUCUUCGGAAUCAUAUCAUUCGCGUUACCAAAGCUCGCCGUUGCCGCUCUGCUCCAUCGAAUCAUGAACCCAACCUCCAUUCAACGCAUCAUAAUGUGGGGUCUAGUCAUCCUGGUGGCUGUCAUUGCCACUGUCAACAUCUUGAUUUAUGUUACCAUGUGCAAUCCACCACAGGCACUCUGGAAGAGCUCAAUGGUAUUGAGCGGGGAGGCCACGUGCAGGAAUAUUUCGAUUCUUAUAGAUUAUGCUACGUUCAACGGAGCGAUCUCUGCAUUUGUCGAUCUCUUUCUCGCAAUCUAUCCCGCGAUCAUCCUGUUCAAACUUCAAAUGUCAUUACGCAAAAAGAUCGCAUUGACUGCUGCGCUUGGCCUGGGCUCGAUUGCGGCUGCAACUGCCAUGGUAAAAUGUGCUCAGAUAAAGGGUUUAGUAAACCAGGCAGAUGCAACCUCACUUGUCGAGGCCAACGUCGUUAUUAUUGCAGCCUGUAUCCCAACAUUACAGCCGAUGCUUGAGCUUAUUCUGAGAAAGCUGAAACUGAUUUCCACAAGCAAGGGUACCUCCAAGCCAUCAUCUUAUGCACAACACAAGAUAUACGACAAUCAGUACAGCUCAAGGGCUCAAGUGUCGAAAAAAGAAAGACCAACUCUUCUUUCCAGGAAGGAGAGUCAGGAAAGUAUCCUGAAUGACCUGGACCAAUGCCAGAUACGGUGCACAGAUGAGGUUUAUGUUGAAUAUGAGAUGCAACCAGUGAAACAACCAUCUCCAAAGUAA